AUGGAUUUGCCUGCUUCUCAAAAAAGCGGCCGCGACAGCGAUGACGAGCGUGACGCCCCAGAGCAGUCGAUGGGAUCCAGAGACCUCCCAGAGAGCAAGAAGUCAGCGCCUGUCCCUCCUUGCCCCACAGCUGAGGAUCGGGCUGCCGCUUCGACCGCAUCCGCAACCAGUACCGCGGUGCCUGCAACCAGUACCGCAGACUGCACCCUCGGAGAUGCUGUGAUUGCCCAGACAACGGAUUCACUUGUAGACAUUUCUGCCAAGUAUAGCACAGGGGCCAAGGCAAUCUCGGAGGUUCCCCAGAAACCUCCACUACUGGCUGCCCUCGGAAAGACACCAGCUGCGAAGGUGACAAGCGGCAAGCCACAGAGCGCAGCUGCCUUCCUGAAACAUCCGCCAGCUCCUCCGACAAGCGCCUUGCCUCGAAAAAGAAGGGCAAGGGGAAGCGACGGAUGGACAACUCCAGGUAGCCUGCAGCCUCCAGCGACUGCUACCACCUUGGGCCCAGCGGCUUCUUCGCAGCAACAGGCGCCACUGAAGAACACUCCCACCAGCCCCCAGAUCGCACUCUCCCCGGCACCCGAGAGCAGCGAACCAGCACAGCACGCGUUCACCACGGUCCUCACUAGGAACGCCCAGCGUCACGCCACGGCUCUACAACAAGCCGCCACCAUACCAGUCAACCCAGCGGUGGUCGGGACGGCCCUGUUCCGCCCUUCUGUCCCGGGAGGGGCCUUCGAGCGAGGAUCCCGCCUUGCGGUUGCCGCUGUGCUCUCUGCGCGACCAGGUGUGUCAGCGGUCCGUGUUAACACAAAAAGAAACAUCGUGGCCGCGGACGCGACCUCGCAGGCCUGCUUGUAG